UCAGAACUCGUGAGCCAAGAGAUGAAGCAAGAGUUAAGCAGCAGCUGUCCUACCCCUGGAUGUGAUGGCAAAGGCCACGUCAGUGAAAGAUACUCUCGACAUAGGAGCAUACUGGGAUGCCCGCUUGUAAAGAAAAGGAAGCUGGAGGAGGCUGAGGAGAACCAGUCUGCUCCCAAGAGGAGGAACCAGCCCGCCACAGAAAGUGACCCAGCAGAAGAGGAGGAGGCGCAGAAAGAGGAGGAAGAGGAGGAAGAAUUCCUCAAAGAGAAGCAGGAAGACAAAAGUCACAGGCCAGAGUCAACUAAAA